GCGGGGCGUGCAGGUGAGCCGCUGGCCCGGGUCGCGGGCAUGGCUGAAGCCAGGAAGCGGCAGGAGCUGCUUCCCCUGAUCUACCAGCAUCUGGUGCAGGCCGGAUACGUGCGCGCGGCGCGGGCAGUGAAGGAGCAGAGCAGCCAGAAAAAAUUCCCGGUUCAGCCUUUCACCCUUCUGGACAUCUAUACACACUGGCAACUGACUUCGGAGCUUGGCCGGAAGCGGAAGGCAGAGAAAGAUGCAGCCCUGCAAGCCAAGAAGACCCGAGUGUCAGACCCUGUCAGUAGUUCAGAGAGCUCGGAAGAGGAGGAGGAUGAGGCAGAAGCUGAAACUGUCAAAGCCACCCCUAGACUUGCAUCUACCAAUGUCUCUGCUGUGGGGGCGCAUUUGCCAUCAAGCAUGAAAGAGAAGGCCAAGGCAAAGACAAAGAAAGCGGGCAAGACUGUGAACUCUGUGCCACAUCCUCCCUCGGCAAAGGCAGUGGUCCAUCUCCUCUCUGGAAAGUCACCCAAGAAGUCAACAGAGCCCUCAGCAAAUACCACCUUGGUCUCAGAAACAGAGGAGGAGAGCAGUGUCCCAGGCCACAGAGCCGCUGCCAAGCCUGGGACAGUGUCAGCCGGUCCAGCUGACAGCUCCAGUGAGGACACCUCCAGCUCCAGCGAUGAGACAGAUAUGGAGGUGGAAACCUCUGGAAAACCAGCCCAGGUCAAAGUCUCACCUGCUGCCCCCAAGGAGUCUCCAGCAAAAAGGGCGGCCCCAAGGCCUGGGAAGAUGGGGGAUGUGACACUCCAGGUCAGAGAAAGUGCCCUGACUCCAGCCCAGGGGGCCAAGAAGCCAAAAGAGGAGUUGGAGAGCAGCGAGGAGUCAUCUGAGAGUGAUGAAGAGGUCCCUGCAGGGAUACACAACCAGGUAAAGGCCACUGAGAAAACCCUCCAGGCUAGAGCUGCCCCAGCCUCUGCCAAGGGGAUCCCCGGGAAAGGGGCCACUACGGUACCCCCAGGGAAGGCAGGGCCUGUUGCUACCCAGACUAAGGUGGGGAAACCGAAGGAGGAGUCGGAGAGCAGUAGUGAGGAGGAGUCUGAAAGCGAGGAGGACAACCCAGCCGCCACUGCCCUGCUUCAGGCAAAGCCCUCAGAGAAGAGUCCUCAGGUCAGGGCUGUCUCAACCCCUGCCAAGGAGUCUCCCAGGAAAGGGGCCCCUCCAGUGCCUCCUGGGAAAACAGGGCCUGCUGCCAUCCAGGCUUCGGCAGGGAAGCCAGAGGAGGACUCGGACAGCAGCAGUGAGGACUCGGACAGUGAGAGGGCACCAGUAGCCAUGACCCUAACCGUGAACCCUACUCAGGCAAAGUCCCUGGGGAAAAAUCUCCAGAUGAAACCUGCCUCGACUGUGGUUCAGGGACCUCUAGGGAAGGGCAUAAGCCCGGUAGUCCCUGCAGCCCAGGUGAAGGAGGUGGAGAAGGCUUCGGAGAGCAGCAGUGAGGAGUCGGACAGUGAGGAGGAAGCCCCACCAGCCACCUUGGCCCAGGCCAAGCUCUCUGGGAAAACCGCCCAGGUCAGACCUGCCUCGGGUUCUGCCAAGGGACACUUGGGGAAAGUAGCUGCCCCAGCGCCCCCACAGAAGGCAGGGCCUGGGGUCAGCCAGGUCAAGGCUGAAAGGUCCAAGGAAGACUCCGAGAGCAGCGAGACAUCUUCUGACAGUGAGGAAGAGGCAUCGGCAGCUGGGACUCCAGCCCAGGCAAAACCAGCUUUGAAAACUCCUCAAACUAAGGCUUCCCCCAAGAAAGGCACUCCCAUUACCCCUGCAUCUUCCAAGAUCCCCCCAGUGCACGUGGGCACCCCAGCUCCCUGGAAAGCAGGAACCAUGACUUCUUCCUCAUCCCCAGCUGUGGCCUGGAGUACCCAGAAGCCAGAGGAGGAUUCCUCUUCGAGCAGUGAAGAGGAGUCAGAGGAGGAGCGGGGGGAGUCUGCUUGUGCAGCAGCUGUGGCACAGGUGAAGUCUGUGGGGAAAGGCCUCCAAGCGAGAGCUGCCUUGGUACCCACCAAAGGGCCCUCCGGGCAAGGAACUGCCCCAGCGCCCCCUCGGAAGACAGGGCCUUCAGUUUCCCAGGUUAGAGCUCAGGAUUCUGAAGACUCUGAGAGCAGUGAGGAAGAGUCCGACAGUGAGGAGGAGGCUGCCACUCCAGCACCGGUGAAGGCCUUGGGGAACACCAUUCAGGCCAAAGCCAGCCCAGCUCCCAUUAGAGCGUCUUCAGCCAAAGCCACGUCAGCCCCCGGAAAAGUGCUUACUGCAGUUGCUCCAGCCAAACAGGGGUCCCCGGCCAAGGGGAAGCCAUCAGUGAGAACCCCCCAGAAUAGCACCGUCACAAUGAAGGGCCAGGCAUCUGUGGCCACCACGGGAAAGGCAGUGGCCGGAGCAGCCCAGACCCAGAAGGGGUCUGUUGGCAGGGCAGAGGAGGAGGACUCAGAGAGCAGCGAGGAGGAGUCAGACAGUGAAGAGGAGGAGGUGGCACCAGCACAGGCGAAGCCCUUGGAAAAUAAACUCCAGGUCAGGAAUGCCUCAGGCCCUGCCAAGGGUUCCCCCAUGAAAGGGGCUCCUCCAGCUCCCCCUAAGUCUGCAUCCGCCCAGGCCCCACUGGGGAAGCAGGAGGAUGAUUCAGAUAGCAGCAGCAAGGAGUCCGAUAGUGAGGGGGAGACACCAGCAGCUGUGACCCCGGCUCAGAAGGAUGGUACCUCCAAGACUGCCAGAGGCAAGGCCCUGACCUCAGGACCCGCUGAGAAUGCAGAGGUGUCCUCAGACAGCAGUGGCGAAGAGCUGCCAUCAAGCCAGGUGAUUAAACCCCCUCUGAUUUUUGUCGACCCUAAUCGUAGUCCAGCUGGCCCACCUGCUACUCCUGCACAGGCCCAAGCUGCGAACACCCUGAGGAAGGCCCGGGUCUCAGAUGGCACUGCCCGGCACUCCUCCUCCGAGAGCGAGGAUGAAGACCUGAUCCCCGCCACACAGUCCUCCACUCCUGCUAUUAAGACCAAUGUGAUUGUGCCCACUGCCCAUGCACGGACGACUCCCGGAGCCAACAGCAGGGAGGAGUCCAGUCGGACAUCGGAAGGCAAGAAACAGGAGGCAGCAGCCACUCAGGUGGCAAAGCGGAACUCAGCUUCCCUCCCGCUGACGCAGGCCGCCCUGAAAGUCCUCGCCCACAAGGCAAAUGAAGCCCAGCCUCCUGCCAGGACCCAGUCUUCAAGUGAGGUUGACAGUGCUGUGGGAGCACUCACUGUGACUCAUCCCCAGAGCUCCCCUGUCCAGAACAGAGUGAACAACAAGCUCAAACAACCCAAGCCUCCUGCAGGCCAGCAGGCCACAGCCACACCCUCGGGCCACUCCAAAGCCAAAGCCCCUGGGGGCUCAGACGACAGCGAGGACAGCAGCGACAGCUCUUCAGGGAGUGAGGACACUAGGGGACCUCAGACAGCCAAGUCAAUCCCCAGGCUAGUAGGUCCAACCCCUUCUAAGAAGGAGACUUUGGUGGAGGAGACUACAGAAGAGUCCAGCGAGGAUGAAGUGGUGGCCCCUUCCCAGUCUCUCCUCUCAGGUUAUGUGACCCCGGGGCUGAACCUGGCCAAAUCCCAGGCUUCAGAGGUGACUCCAAAGCCAGACUCCAGCCCCUUGGUUUCCUCUGCUCUAGCAAAAAAAGAUGACCCAGACGGCAAACUGGAGUCUCAGCAGGCAGGCACUGUUUCCCUUAAAACAGGUAAAAAGGAAGCCACCUCAGGUGCCACCUCUGAGAAGCCCAGGAAGGAAGCCCCGAGCUCCACAGACUCCACACAGGGACUGCAGAGCAACAUUGCCCAGCACUUCCAGGGGGCUCCCUGGCCCCUGAGUGAGGCCCAGGUGCAGGCCUCAGUGAUGAAGGUCCUGAAGGAGCUACUGGAGCAGGAAAGGAAGAAGGCCACAGAUGCCGCCAAGGACAGCAGCCGGAAAGGCCGGAAGCGGAAGCUGUCAGGAGACCAGUCAGCCACCAGAGCCCCCAAGAGCAAAAAGAAGAAGCAGCUAGUGUCCGAGGAAGGCGGGGAGAGCGCUGUUUCCUCAGAAAAGGCCUCCAGGACUUCCAAAGGGAAAAAGAGAGACAGAGCAAGUGGCAACACAAAGGAGAAGAAGGGGAAGGGAAAGGGACCUUCCGGCUCCCAUGGGGCCAGGGACCAGCCAGAAGGGGAGCUGGGGAUGGUGAAGGUUGAGGGUGGAGAUCAAAGUGACCCAAAAAGCAAAAAAGAGAAGAAAAAAUCUGAUAAAAGUAAAAAAGAAAAGGACAAAAAGGAAAAAAAGAAGAAAGCAAAAAAGGCCUCAACCAAAGACCCUGACUCACUGCUUCAGAAGAAAAAGAAGAAAAAGAAGAAGACCGCAGAGCAGACUGUGUGAGAGGCCAGGCACAAGACAGGGAGUUCUUAACGGAGUGUUGACCAUCUCCAGGCCUCUGACCUCUGCCUACCCUGGCUUGAGACUGGAUUUUUAACUUCUCCCUCUGCAGAAGAUGGCCAGUGCAGGGUCCCCAUGAUGGCCAAGCCUGUGAGCCUGCUGGAAGCCUGGUCUGAGGAGGAGGGAUCCCAGCUCCUGGGACCUUGCCCCACUGAUCCCAGCACAGAGCGCUUCACAUAGAUGUGUACAGUAUAUAUAUUUUUUUAAGUGACCUGUCUCCCCCCUUUAAAUCUAACAUGCCCAAGGGCUGGACUUUCUACCGCUUCACUCUGCAGACCCAGUGAGGCCAAGUGUGUGCUCAUCCAUGCACUUGGUAACUCUGGCUGAUCCCAAGCCUUUGUCCUCUUUUUGUCUAUUCUUCUGGUUGUGGCUUCUGUGUUUUGUUUUUUCUCUUUUUUUAAAGAACUUAGAAUAAAAGACUUAAAAGAAAGAUGCAAA